UUUCGAGUUUUUAGGAGUCGGUCAAAAUCAUUACGCUCCGCACUCCGCAAAUCAGCGACGCUAUCUUCUUCAAAAAGUGAAAAAUCAGUGCGUUUCGCGGAUUCCCUUGGCCUGGAUCUUGUGCGCAAAAAUUAUUAUGAAGAAGAACAUGACGUUUCUAGCGGGUUACAGUCUUUGCACCCGCUCUCUGUAUCAGAAUGGAGGGAAACACGUUUCGCACAUGCAGUUGGACUUAGUAUGGCAAGUUUUCCGAAUCGCAGCGACGAAGAAAUACGUCAGUUGACACGAAUUCAAAGCGUCUGCUUACAGUGUGUUACCGUGGUUGACACAAAUAUUACAGGCAUGGUUAACGUCCUGAACAUCGCUUGUGAAAAACAGAUAUGCAAAUUAGUUUAUAUACGGUAUACAACUGAUAAUUGGGCAACAAACACGGAAAUAGCAGCGCGAUAUGUGAAUGCUGCUGGAGAUGAUGGUGCUUUUGACACGUUCACAUUUUUUGUCGCACUUCCCAUAGAUCUUCCGGUAUCGCUCAAUUAA